AACCUCGAAGGUCAGAGUGGUACAGUCCAGCAUGGCCGCCGAGCGGGAAGGGAAUUUUUUGCUCGGCCUUCCGAGUAAACUUUCCCCGGACAUGGCGCGGGAGAAGCUGUUGGAGCUGUUCGAACGGUACAGAAAGUUCGUCAGCAGCAACCCGGACAUCACCAGCCAGCUGGAGUCGUCUUUCCGAGUCGUCUCGUACUUUAUAGCAGGACGGUUUCAAAACUCCUCGGAGUUAGCUGAACUGGUGUAUUCAGCCUCGAACCUGAUUGUGCUGUUGAAUGAUGGGAUACUGAGAAAGGCUGCCAAACUCAAGACUGCUGUGUCCCUGUCUCAGAGACGGAUCAUGACGUUACUGACAGUACUGGAGUAUGUGGAAGUGUUUGCAGAGAUCGGUGCGGCUCGGCUGUGGGGAGAGUUGGGCAGGUGGAUCGUCAUAGCAGCCAUUCAGCUCGCCAAGGUAGCCUUGCGAGGGCUCCUCCUGUUUAAGUACCAGGCUGGGAUCGUGCGCACCCCUCCCAUCACCCCCCUGGACAGGGACGCUGACCUGCCGGACGCCUUCCUCAAGAGCUGUAAGGACAAGAAGUCAUCAGAAGCCCUGGAGAUGGAGGAUCUGGACCAGGUGUUUGUGAAGAAGGCUGAGGAGCAGGGGAGGUUACCUCAGGUCACAUUCAUGGGCACACGGUCGGGCAGGAAGGUCAGGAGUCUCACCGCAACCCCUCCCCUCUCCAUGAGGGACUGGAAGCUCCCAGGAAUGAGGUCAGACUCACCCUCGGGGCGGACGAAGACCGUGUCCUCCCUGGAGCAUCAGAACCUGCCCCCCACCCCCCUGGGGGGUCUCCGGCUGGCGGGGGAGGCGCUGCACGUGUUCCGCCCCCUGGUGUACCUGUCCUCGCUGGCUGUGUGCGGGCGGUCGUCAUGGAAACCAUGGCUGCUGUCCUUCCUGACGGAUGUCUCCAGUCUGGCCCUGAUGGGAGACACGAAGGACCUGAACCUGCUGGAGAAAGCUGAGCUGAAGAGACGCUCGCUCGUGCUGCUCUUCUACAUCCUCAGGUCUCCCUUCUACGACAAAUAUGCACAGGCAAAGAUCAUCCUUUUCCUGAGGCUCCUGGCCAGCACAGUGCCUGGUGUGGGACUCAUUAUCGAGCCCCUGAUUGGGUACCUUCCUAACUGGCAGAGGACAUAUUUCUACAACUGGGGAACGUAAAGGAGCUUGGUUCCAUAUUCAAAUGGUGUAUCGAAAUACAUGAAAAGUCUUCUUACCAGAAUGAUAAAUAAUCAUUAAUGUUAGUCACUGUGGUAUCUCUGCCCUGCAGUUAAACUGUAUCUAUAUAUAGUGACUAGUAGAAAGGCGGUCACUUUUGACAGUUUUUGUAAGUUGGAAAUCAAUCAAAUUUAUUGUGUCUCUAGCUAUCCUUCCAAAUCUAUCCCAGAAACCACACCAUUUUUUUGCAUUUUAUUUAGCGCAAGUGACUUGCAAAUGUCUUCUAUAGAAAGAUAUUGACGUGAGAAAAAAAAUUUUAAUUAAUCUAUUUACCAGCUUGUAAAUUGUAUGCCAGAAAUUACAUUUUGUACAUAAUUGUAUGUACUGUUUGAUAGUAGAUGAAGUUAAGCUGAAGUUUCAUAGCUACUGGAUUGAUACUGAAAAUGGUGAUGAUGAUAUUGCUUUACAAAAUGUUUAGAGGAAGGUGUAUAAUAAGGUUGAAGUGAAAAUGUUUAAUUGGUCAUCAUAUGUAGUGUUAGGCUUUAAAUGUCAUUAUC